AUGAGUGACGAGGCGGUGUCCUCUUCAACUGCAGAGCCGCCGAUGAAGCGCCGUUUUCCUCGACGACUUCGACCGGAUAGCAGCCAUCCUUAUAAACAGGGUCUACCGGCGAAUGUGCCAUACAAUUCGAAUUUGGCUCCACUAGAUGAGGGUUUGAAUGAGAGUGGACAGAAAGAGCCAGUUCCCAUUUCUGUAUCGAUUCCUGAUCCUGAAGCGAGUAAAGCUGAAGAAGCUGUAGCGAGUAAAGCUGAAGAAGCUGAAGCAAGUAAAGCUGAAGAAGCUGAAGCGAGUAAAGCUAAAGAAGCUGAAAAAAUGGCUAACAAUGGAAAGCCAAAUGGAACUCCCGCCUCACAAGCUGAUCCCCGUGUCUCAACAGCUACUAAAUUCGCGAUAAUCGCCAAGUUGAUGCGAAAGAAAAACCGUGUGGUGGACUCAGCGCAAGCGUUGGCCCAGUCGGAGUUCAUGAGUCGAUUCGGAGUGGUCGGUGAGCAGAGUGAGGCACCAAGAGAGGAGGAACCUGUGCAGCAAGAAUCUCGAUGGCGAAUUUGGAUGAAACAGGGUGUGAUGGACACUUCAAAAGACAUUUAUUACUAUUGGACAAUCGUUGUCACCGCCGCUUACGUUUACAAUUUGGUUUUCGUCAUUUUGCGAUACGUAUUUGUUGAAUUCGAGCGACAUCCUUGGUGGCUUAUGUGGAUUAUUUUAGAUGCUUUAACGGAUUUCAUUUAUUUAAUUGACAUGUUUAUUCGAACGAGAACCGGCUUUCUCGAGCAGGGUUUACUUGUGAGAGAUCUUGAAAAGAUCAAGAAACUUUAUAAGAAAAGUUUGCAAUAUAAAUUCGAUCUGGCGAGUAUGAUACCGAUUGAUUAUGUGAACAUGCUCACAAAACAGGCGCUUUUAUAUUACUUGCCGAGUUAUCAAUUUCGUGGAUUGCCAUUUCGAUUUAAUCGGCUACUUCGAGUGAAUCGUGUUACGGAUUGUCGAGAAAGAACGGAGACAAGAAGCUCAAUGCCAAACGCGUUUCGUGUUUUCUGUGUCGUUCUUUACAUCAUCGUGAUCAUCCAUUGGAAUGCUUGCUUUUACUUUUUCAUUUCCGAAUGCAUCGGUCUUGGGAAAGAUACUUGGGUCUAUGGAUCGCUUAACAAACAAAGUCUACCAGACGGGAUUGAGGACACAUUAGCUCGACGCUACAUCUACAGUUUCUAUUGGUCGACGCUGAUCUUAACAACAAUUGGAGAAGUGCCCGGACCCGUCAAAGACAUCGAGUUUUUCUUCGUCACAAUGGAUCUGAUGUGCGGUGUGCUCAUUUUUGCCACCAUCGUUGGUAAUGUUGGCAGUAUGAUCUCAAACAUGAGCGCGGCACGGACAGAGUUCCAGAAUAAAAUGGAUGGCAUCAAGCAGUAUAUGGAGUUGAGAAGAGUUAGCAAACAGCUUGAAAUGCGCGUGAUCAAAUGGUUCGACUAUUUGUGGGCAAACAAGCAAUCGUUGAGUGAUCAGUUGGUGUUAAAGGUUCUACCGGAUAAACUCCAAGCCGAAAUCGCUAUGCAAGUCCACUUUGAGACGUUGCGAAAAGUGCGCAUUUUCCAGGAUUGUGAAGCGGGUCUUCUAGCCGAAUUGGUGCUCAAACUGCAAUUACAGGUAUUCUCACCGGGUGAUUACAUUUGUCGAAAAGGUGAUAUUGGCAGAGAAAUGUAUAUUGUGAAACGAGGGAAACUUCAGGUAGUGGCUGAAGAUGGGGUGAAAGUGUUCGCCACAUUGCAAGAGGGUGCCGUCUUUGGAGAGCUUAGCAUAUUGAAUAUUGCAGGCAGUAAAAACGGAAAUCGCCGUACGGCAAACGUUCGCUCGGUGGGCUACACGGAUCUUUUCGUGCUGAACAAGAAUGAUCUCUGGAGUGCGCUUCGGGAAUACCCAGAUGCACGGAAAUUAUUGCUAGCAAAAGGCAGAGAGCUUCUCAGAAAGGACAAUUUGCUUAAUGAAGGAGCACCAGAUGAACAGGCAUCAGCUGAAGAGUUGGCUGAAACAUUGAACACAUCGGUGAAAGGACUGCAAAUACGAUUGGCUCGCCUCAUUGCCGAGCAUACUUCACACGAAAUGAAAUUGGCAGCAAGGAUUGAGUUUCUUGAAACACAACUAAAAAGGUAUAAAGCGAUGGCAGCCGAGAGAACGAAUCAACCGUCUAAAGCUCGUCGGAGAAAAAGACGAAAUGAGAGAGACGAGGUGACCAAUGAG